GCGCGAUAUGGCAGCGGGGACAGAGGAUCGCGGCGGAACGCACUCCGGUGUUCCUAACGAGGGACAAGUGCAUGCCCCAGUAGAACGUAACGUGGAAGAAGUGCAAUCCCCAGUAAAUAUAAACGCGGAACAAGUGCAACCCAUAGUCAACCAAAACCCGGAACAAGUGCAACACAUAGUCAAACAAAUCCCGGAACAAGUGCAACCCACAGUUAAACAUGACACGGAACAAGUGCAACCCCCAGUAAACCAUGACGAGGAACAAGUGCAACCCCCACGUAACACAGAACAAAUCCAAUUCACACUAGAUCGUAAUGCGACACAAGUUGGUCCCCCGCGUGAUUUACCCCCGCGAAUUCCCGACGCGGAACAUGCAUUACCCGGGCGGGUUCCGGGGCCGGAACAAACACCACUCCCGCGGGUCCCCAAACCGGAACAAGGACUACCCUCGCGGGUUCCACAACCGGAAAGAACGCGACCUUCGGAACAGGCUGCAUCAGAGAACCAGGGUGAUGCUCUAGAGGCUGCCCUUGCGCAGCUUGGUCCAUUUGGACUAUACCAACGUUACAUGGUAGUGAUGCUUUGUAUCCCCAAUAUGCUGGCUGCCAUGUACUCCCUGAACUUCAUCUUCGUUGCUGACCAAGUGCCCUUUCGUUGCGUCGUCCCGGAGUGUGAAGGCUUAUGGCCGAAGUAUUCUAGUGACAUCACUUCUACACUGGUCCCCAAUGGCACCCGCUGCGAACGCUUUGAGCCUCUGCACCCGACCAAUCAAACUUGCCUACGCGAGCACUUCGGCCAAGACAGAAUACAAUGCCAUCAAUUCGCCUACCAAAACUAUGACACCAUCUUUGCGGAGUUCGACCUGGGUUGUCGUGAGUACCUACGCACGCUAGUGGGCACCGUCCGCAACUCCGCGCUGCCUUUCGCCCUGAUACUCACUGGCUACGUUUCUGACAAGUUCGGGCGGCGGACAGCGUUCUGCAUAUUCUCGGCGUUCGCAGGGGUGCUGGGCAUCCUAAAAGGAUUCUCCGUCAACUACGAGAUGUAUGUCACCACCGAGUUCUUCGAGGCUAUGCUGGGGUACGGGUUCAAUAGCGCAGGCUACGUCCUGAUUGUAGAACUAGCCAGACCAUCACUGCGAGCCGCCUUCGCUUGUGCGACAGGCGUGGCGUACGGCAUGGGCGGCGUCCUAUUCGCCUUGAUCGCCUGGGGCGUGGGCAACUGGCGGCGGCUACUGUGGACCAUCCACUCGGCGGCGCUGCUCCUGCCACUCUACUGGCUGCUGGUAGACGAGAGCCCGCGAUGGCUCCAAGCGCAAGGGAAGAGGGAUCGCGCCGCUGCCAUCAUCAGGAAAGCGGCAAUGAUAAACAAGAAGCCAAUCAACGAAGAGUUGAUGAAAGCUCUAGACCAAGAGAGCAAAAAAGAAGAAACAGUGAAGAGUAAUGCUUGGCUGCAGUUACUCCGAUCUAAAGUCCUGAUAUUUCGUUUCUUGACAUGCUGCUGGUGCUGGAUAGCUGUAGCUUUUGUCUACUAUGGUCUGACCAUCAAUUCAGUGGCACUGUCAGGAGAUAAAUACGUGAACUUCGCCCUAAACAUGGCUAUGGAGGUGGUGGCUUCGCUUCUUAUCAUGAUGGCGUUGGAACGCUUCGGUCGCAAGUGGAGCAUAUUCGUGGCGUUCCUGGUUUGUGGAGCCGCAUGCGUCACGCCUUUCUUUGUCUCUAACACGGGUGCCGGCUUGGGCCUGUUCUUCUUGGGCAAGUUGUCCAUAACAUUCGCCUUCAACUCUCUAUACGUGUAUACUGCGGAGUUGUUCCCGACCAGCACUCGAAGUUCUGCGCUCGCGGCUUGUUCAUUAGUCGGGAGAAUUGGGUCCGUGCUAGCACCGCAGACACCAUUGCUGAGCAUGUACGUGCAGGCGUUACUGUACGGCGCGUGCUCUCUAUCAGCGGCGCUGGUCGUGCUGUGUGCGCCGGAGACUCGUCGCGCCGCUCUGCCGCAGCACGCGCGCGACGCCGAGCGCCUCGCCCCGCCCCCGCCCGUGCCUCCGCCCGCGCCCCCGGCGCCCCCUCGCCGCCCGGUGCUAUCCGCCGAUCUGUAGGC